AAGCCAUGGAAAAGAAAGGUGGGGGCCAAGGUCUCUCUCUAAUGUCUUCUAUUACACGCUAUAUUCUUCGGCCGAAGGAGAGUACUAGAUCCCUCAAUACCAUAAAGGCGGUUGAAACCCGAUCUCGCAAAUGUGACCCAGAGCCGUGUGUUUAUAGAGAAGAAAAGGCGGACCUAGAAAGUUAUUUUUACAACGAAAUGUGGGCUGGUGAGAAUGCAGAAAUCAAAACGAUGCCCCUCAUUUCUGCCCCGGCGUGGGAUGGAAAUGGCCGAUAG